AUGCAUUCACACGACGAGCCAGAGUCGCUAUCUCUAGAUCUCAAGGAUGUUUUAGCUGAAAUUAGCCAACUUGAAGAACACAUCCCAGUGUUUAUCAAUGAAGAGUCCGACAUUCUUGGUCCCGACCCUAAAAUACUCCAAAUGAGUCUACCGUUAAAUCCUAAAGAGCGCAACUGUCUCUCCUACCCCAUCUUAACUCCACCUAAACGAUCUAAAAUCCAAGUAACUACACAAACCACUACCUAUACUUCCGUUCAUCGCCACAGCCUCCGCAGUAGUCCCUUCCUCUCCGAUGGCGAAGAGAUGGAAGAAAUCGGUGAAGAAGAAGCCGUUUGGGAUACCAAAGCUGAGUGCAUGGGACACUUUGAUGACGAGGGUAACUUUUUGCUUAGACAGGAACAGCAGGAGACAAGCGAGCCUCUAGGACGCUUUGAUGAUUCAGGCAACUUUGUUAUGGACCAGAGUCAAAGCGAGUCUUCAACCAGUGAAGAUUGGAUUGUGGUAGAGAAGAGUAAAACCAAAAAGAAGAGACAGUCCCAUCCACCAGCAGAGGCGCAAAGUUACACGGCCGUUCAAAAUAUGCCCAAACCCGCUCCACGUAGCACCAGCCAAAGAUCCAUUCCAGUUUCUGAUAGUCUCAGUGAUACAGAUAGUGAAGGGUUUACCGUAGUAAAGGAUAAGAAAAGCAAAUCAGCUCGUUUCAAGAAAUAA